CGCACGCGUACACUGCAAAGAAAUGGCUGCCCAACGAGUAGCUUUGGUGACGGGUGCAAACCAGGGAAUCGGUCUCGAGAUUGUGCGUCAGCUGUGCAAAAAAUUCGACGGGAAAGUGGUACUCUCAGCUAGGGAUCCUGGUCGUGGAAGAGAUGCGGUGAAGCAACUGGAGGGAGAAGGUCUCCACCCAGAGCUCCUGGUCCUCGAUGUCUCCAGCGAGCAGAGUGUGGCCGCCGCCAAGCAGUCUCUACAGGAGACCCACAACAGACUAGAUGUCCUCAUUAAUAACGCUGCUAUCUUCCUAUCUAGUAGCGACGUGUCAUUCCCAGAGGCUGUGAGACAGACUAUAGCAGUCAACUACUACGGGCUACUGAGAGUCACCAAUACCUUCCUACCUCUACUGCAGCCCCAUGGAAGGAUCAUCUACAUGUCUUCUGGUCUUGGGAACAUCAAGCACAUUGGCCAAAAGUGGAAGGAGGCGGUGUUGAACCCUGACCUCACAGAGGAGGGUCUCACCCAGAUCAUGGACCAGUUUGUGGAGGACGCUCAGAAGGAAGACUACUCUACUAGGGGGUGGCCUAUUCACCAGAGCGGAGACAGAUAUUACGCUCCCUACAAUGUUUCCAAGAUUGGAGUCAAUCGACUGGCUGAGAUACAGGCCAAGACCCUGGGAUCUGACCCCAGUCGGCCUGGAGUCCUCGUCAAUGCUGUGUGUCCGGGAUGGGUGAGGACAAGGAUGGGUGGACCAACUGCUCACAGAAGCAUCGAACAAGGGGCAGACACCCCAGUCUACCUGUCUCUCCUACCACCAGGUACCCAGGAGCCUCAUGGACUGUUCCUCAGAGACAGACUACCUGUAUCGUGGAGGUCUUGA